UUUUCUGACUUAUGAGUUAUGCGUAUGUUUUGGUAGUCAUGUCGCUUUCUUCUAGUUCUUUCUGAAAACUGGGAACUUGUAAGUGCGUCGCAUCCAAACUAUUCUUCACUCUCAUAUUGAUUCUAUUUACCACCUCCUACAUUUAAUUUACUAUUCCUUUUCUUUCUUAAAAGAAAAUUGGAUUUUAGGUUAUAAACUUAUAAUUGUUGAGCAUUUGCUUCAAUUGUUUUCCCCAAUCUUUGUUCAGAAACCGGCGAAGAACAUCAUGACUGGUGGUAGUGGAUACAUGGUAGAAGUUACUGGACUUUCGCCAAAAACCACCGAGAAAGAUCUCCACCAUUUCUUCGCUUUCUCCGGCGCGAUCGAGCACGUUGAAAUCGUUAGGUCUGGUGAUUGUGCUUGUACUGCAUAUGUGACAUUCAAAGAUGCAUAUUCUCAAGAAACUGCUUGCUUGCUUAGUACACAACAUAGAGACCAAUUUGUUUCCUCUGCUGGAGAAGCAGUUACUGCGGCUCAAGAAGUUGUGAAGACCAUGCUAGCAAAGGGAUAUGUUCUCAGUAAGGACGCAUUGGCUAAGGCUAGAGAGUUCGACGAGUCUCAUCAGGUUUCUGCGACUGCAACAGCGAAAGUUUCUGAACUGAGCGAGAGACUUCGCCUCGCUGACAAGAUAUCAACAGGUGUUGGAGCUGUGAAAUCUGUGGAUCAGAAAUAUAAUAUCUCUGAAAUAGCCAGGUCAGCUGCAUCUGCAACUGGAAGAUCGGUGGCAGCCGCCGGGGACUCUGUAGUAAAUAGUAGCUAUUUUUCGAAGGGAGCAUUGUGGCUGUCAGGUGCUCUAACCCGAGCGGCUCAUGUUGCUUCUGACUUGGGUGCUCGUGGCGAUGGUCAGCACUGAGUAUUCUUGUCUACCUCUUCCUCUGCAGAAUAGCUUUUGUGAAAAAAUAAAUCCAUAUUAGUUUAAAAUAGUACUAGUUUUACAUGUAUGUAGAAUUGUUGAUCUUGAUACUUACAUGUAAAGUUAACAAUAGAAUUCUGUUCAAGGCCACAGCAUAGUUAACUGAUGCCUCAACGGGAUUACCAUAAUGUGAUGAUUGUAUGGAUACUAAGGUUGUAGUUUCUACAAGUUAGCAAAACAAACUUGGUUAUGAUGAAUGAUACAGCUAACUUAAAAUUUCAAUUGGCCCAAAAUGAAUAUGGAUUGUAAUAUUUUGAUAUAGAAUAAGGGUCGGAUAGCUUUUACU